AUGGCUACAUCUAGUUUUACCUACUACCCUUACGGGCCCAGCCGUGCCCUUGCGGCCGUCUUUGCGGUCCUAGUUGGCAUAUCGCUAGGCAUACAUAUAUGGCAGAACUUCCGCUACAAAUAUUGGCGUGUCAUGUUUUUCAUGUGCUGGGGAGGCCUCAUCUUUACAUCCGGUUGGGUCAUGCGAUCCGUCUCGAGUUACUAUCCUGAGAACAGAAACUUCUACAUCGCGGAAUCAAUUCUCAUUCUAUGCGGACCGCCAGUCUACUCUGCAGCUGAAUACAAUAUUCUCGGCCGCCUCAUGCACUACCUCCCCAUGCAUGCUCCCCUCAACCCAAGCAGACUCAUCUACUUCUUCAUCUACCUUGGAGCUCUGGUCGAAGGCUUGACAGCCGCCGGCGCAGCCCGCCUAUCUACAGCAGGGGAAGACAAGGACCUACAGCGCAGCGGCGGUACCCUCGUUGCCGUCGGCUCGGUACUCCAGGGCGUGGUGGAAUGUAUCUUCAUCGGCAUGAUCGCCCACCUCCACCACCGCUGUGUUCGUGCAAACAUGCUCACAAGCAAAGUGCGAACGGUCUUCAUCAUGCUUUACGGCACAUCCUCCCUCGUCCUGCUCCGCUCUAUCUUCCGUGCUAUCGAAAAGUUCAGCACCCUUAACGUCAUAUCUACUGGCCAAUGCGACGGGGUCUGUGACGCGGUGCUAAGACACGAAUGGUACCUUUAUGCCUUCGAGGCCGCGCCCAUGGUCCUCUACACGUACUGGCUCAAUAUCAUCCACCCUGGCAGAUUCCUACCAAACAAGACCACCACUUACCUUGGUUUUGACAAGGAGGAAUAUGAGGGUCCCGGCUGGACUGACAAGCGCUCCAAGUGGGAGACUUUUGCCGAUCCUUUCGACCUCAAGGGGGCUAUUAACGGGCAAAAGGAGCAUGAGAAAUUCUGGCUACUCCCUCAACAAGGUCACCCAGAGAAUCGUGGCGCCUUUGGAAAGUUCCGUAUGAGCGUCAAGUUGAGGUUGACUAUUGAACGAUUUGGUGAUUGUAGUGGAGCGGAGGACGCGGUUCUCAACAAGAUAGCCUACGGAAACACUUCGAUGAUAAUUUUCACGGCUCAAGAACGAAACUCCUUAAAUAUGAGCUUUGGGGCUCCAAAUGAUGCUCCUCCCAGCUCUGGUUCCGGCGAUCUAGAAAUCCUUGAAGUCACCAGGAUCCUUGAAAACGCGAACAUUCCCUGCUGCAUAUUUGGCAUCCCGGCGUUGAAGUAUUAUAAUGUUGGGAGGCUCCGAGUUGACUGGGAGAUAUGCGUUCCCUCAGAAAUGGCUGACGAAGUCGCGUCCCUUUUAAAGUCGGGACCUCAUAAUCAGGUUUAUGAGCUAAUUCAAGGGGCUCCAUCUCGCUUUCACUCCAUCAUUCAUUUAUACCCGAGGUUCAAGCUUAGGGGGGUUGAUUGCUCCUUCGUCAUUCUCCCAUCUAACGACUACCACUUUGAAUGCCAACCAGCGAAUAUCGAACGAAGCUACAGAGGUCUCCCUUACCCAAAAUUAGCACCGUUUGCUCAAUCUCUAUUAGAUUCACAUAAUCUACUCUCCCUAACCGACUUGAUUGACGGUAUAAACCUAACGGAAGAAUGGGGCCAGCAAAAUCUAGAUCUUAGUGGCCCUCAGGAUAUCAACUGGGCGAAACGCAAGAAUGAAGAAAUUCGGCGUUUGAUACCAGGUUCAGACUCAUGUUGGUUUGAACAUGUGGAAAAGGGGUUUGACAAGAAAGAAACCUGGCACGAUAUCGUGUCAACGAAGGAGCGUCGAAUUGGCGAUGAGUGUCCAAAGGAGCUUUAUGCUACUCGAUUUUGUGGGGGCGGCGACGAGGACCCCAGGUCAAAAUUUAUGCAUCUAUUCUAG